AAAGAGUCCUUGCCUGCCUAUGUGAGAAGGGAAAAGCGCAAUCUUGAGACGAUAAAUAGAAAGCAGAGGACAGCAGUGAAAAAACUUUAGAAGCGUCGAUAGAACUUCAUUCAUGAGCUCUAUCAUGGAACAACGACGAGAUGAACACCGACACGAAUACGAUCCUCCUGACUUUAACUUGAGAGAAUGGGCUCUCAAGGCUCGUCUCUCUCGCGACAACGCUAAUUCUCGAAGGUUUUCUGCUUCUCAUAUCAGAAGCUUUCGAGAAGACGCCCCUUCUUUUAGAUCAAACUUCACCAUUUCUAGCACUGCCUCUUCUCCCGGCUACACAUUAAGAGCAGAAGAAAUUGAUCCAUCAACCUACUCUUUCACCACUGCUCUCAAAGCAUUGCAGGCGAGGACGGUUUAUAAUAGUUGGGAGUGUUUAUCUCCUGAUGGGUUUGCUUUGAACUCAAAGUGGAAUGAAGCUGAGAAGUAUAUAUGCAACCCUCUUUCAGGAGAGUUUCCAAUGGAGUGUUUGUCUGCAAAAACACUCAGUGGAAGAUCAUCUCGAAAUUUCACUAACAGAAUUACCAUGUCUGCUCCACUUGUUUAUAAUUCCACUCAUCAUUCUCGAAUUGUGCAGACUAAUAACAGGCCUUCUUCUUUCACUGUGCAAGAAGAAGAUGUUGCUCAGUCUCCAAUUCCAGAGAGCAAAAUGGAGGGGAUGACUAGAGAUGUGGGGACUCAGAGCAUACAACAGGAUCUCAGUUCUGUGAGUGCAAGUCCUGCUUCCAUACCUUCAAUCAUGGAAGAAUCAUUAAAGCCUUGUGAAGCAGAAGCCAGUGGAGAUUCAACUAAUUCUAAUGCAAAGAUCAAAUAUGAAGAAGAGGUUGAAGUGACAGAAACAAGAGAUAAAGAAGAACCAAAAACAGAUCAUAAAGAAGAUAUGCAGAUAAAGAAAAGAGCUGGGUGCAGGUGCAGCAGCAGUAUGCAAGGAGGGUGCUUGUCAUGGAUGAGAAGUAGGCAUAGAGAAAAACACAAACCAAGAAGAAACAAACAUAGUAUCUUUCUUCCUCAUCUUAAAGGGUGUUAAAUAAAAUUAAACGAAUAUCAGAGAAAAUCAAGAUUGAAUUGUGUUGUUGGGGAGAAUGAGAGCAAUCAUGAUGUGGCAGAGGUGAAAGAUACUUUGUUUCUAUGGUGGUGGUUGUUUAAUUAGAGGUAGCACGCAUAUUCUGUAUUGUUUUUGUUGCUGUUAUGGUGAAAAUGGCUGACAACUUUUUAGCUUCA